AUGUCGGAAGGGGUGGCUACCUUUGAAGCGCCAUUGACGCAGGGCUUUGGCUAUGGCAUUAUCCUGGGCCUGGGAUUUGCUUUUGCGCUGCUGAUGAUCUUCAUCACCUGGGCUCUGAAACGCUAUCAGAAUGAAGUUCAGACAUCCGAAAUGUUCUCGACCGCAGGACGAUCCGUCAAAUCGGGCCUGGUCGCCGCUGCAGUCGUGAGUAGUUGGACAUGGGCCGCAACUCUGCUCCAGUCUUCUGCCGUGGCAUACAACUACGGAAUUUCAGGCCCCUUCUACUAUGCGUCCGGUGCAACGGUCCAGAUUCUCCUCUUCGCAACCAUCGCAAUCGAAUUGAAGCGCCGCGCCCCGAACGCCCACACCUUCCUCGAAGUCAUUCGCGCUCGCUACGGAACCACCGUCCACGUCGUCUUCAUCGUCUUCUGCCUCAUGACGAAUGUCCUUGUCACGGCGAUGCUGCUGACCGGUGGAUCCGCUGUCAUGACAUCCCUCACAGGAGUACCCACUGCUGCUGCGUGCUUCCUGCUUCCAAUUGGUGUCGUUCUGUAUACGCUGUUUGGCGGUAUCAAGGCCACUUUCAUCACGGAUUACAUGCAUACCGUGGUAAUCUUAGUCGUCAUCUUCCUUUUCGCGUUCUCCGCGUAUGCAACCAACGCUGAGCUCGGCUCGCCAGGGAAAGUGUACGAUGCGUUGGUUGCGGCCGCCAAGGCGCACCCCGUGGAAGGCAAUGCGGAAGGAAGCUAUCUCACUAUGAGAUCCAAGGAGGGCGGCAUCUUUUGGAUUAUCAACCUGAUUGGAAACUUCGGUACCGUCUUCCUUGAUAACGGCUACUACAACAAGGCCAUUGCUGCAAGCCCUGUCCACGCAUUCCCCGGCUACGUGAUCGGUGGACUCUGCUGGUUCGCCAUCCCAUGGCUGUGCGCCACCACUAUGGGCAUCUCAGCACUGGCCCUUGAGGGCUCUCAGCGGAUGAGCAGUGGCGAUGUGACCGCUGGUCUAGUUCUCCCUUUUGCGGCCGUCAGGCUGCUUGGCUACAGUGGUGCCGUCGCAACAACCUUGAUGAUCUUCAUGGCCGUUACAUCCGCCUUCUCCGCCCAGUUGAUCGCUGUCUCUUCUAUCGUCACAUAUGAUAUCUAUCAGGCUUAUAUUGACCCCGCUGCCAAGGGCAAAAGGCUUGUCUGGGUCUCGCACAUGGCUUGUAUUGUGUACGCCAUCAUCAUGGCGGGCUUCGCUACUGGUCUCUACUAUGCUGGUAUUGGCAUGGGAUACCUGUACCUUCUGAUGGGAGUUAUCAUCUCCUCAGCUGUGUUCCCGGGCGCUAUGACUCUGCUCUGGAAGGGCCAGAACUGGAUUGCCGCAGCUGCAUCGCCGCCGCUCGGUCUUGCCGUAUCGCUGAUUGCCUGGCUGGUGACUGCGAAGAAGGAGUACGGCACUCUGACCGUAGAGACUACUGGUUCCAACUACCCCAUGCUUGCCGGCAACGUCGCUGCCCUCCUUAGCCCGGUCAUCUUUGUCCCCAUCUUCACCUUUGUCUUCGGCUCCCAGAACUAUGACUAUGAGUCCAUGCGCGCGAUCCGCAAGGUUGACGACACAGACGUCGCGGCCGCAGCGCAUAUCGAUCUUGAGCUCGUUCCAGGUGAAGGUACCGGCCCCUCGGCAACAGAAUCGGAAGAAGAAACUCGCAAGCUGAACCGCGCUGCGUUCUACUCGCGUUCCCUGACGAUCUUCAUGACGCUGGCUCUCAUGAUCCUGUGGCCUAUCCCCAUGUACGGAUCAUCAUACGUCUUCAGCAAGAAGUUCUUCACUGGCUGGGUUGUCGUUGGCAUCAUCUGGCUGUUCUGCACACUCUUUGGCGUCGUCUUAUUCCCACUUUAUGAAGGUCGCGCCAGUAUUGUGCGCGUUGUGCGGAUGAUGAGUCUCGAUCUGAUGGGUCGCAAGCCUACGGUCUAUCGGGCCCACAAGGCGGAUGGCGCGCAGGCUUCUGGCAUCGCGACACCGGCAGAAAAGAUUGGAGAGGAAGAUAAGGGGGCGCUUGAGGCGUCUGCUUGA